AUGCGCGAGUACAAGAUCGUCGUUUUGGGAUCGGGAGGUGUUGGAAAGAGCGCUUUGACAGUCCAAUUCGUUCAAGGGAUUUUUGUGGAAAAAUAUGAUCCAACGAUUGAGGACAGUUAUCGAAAGCAAGUUGAAGUGGACGGACAACAAUGUAUGCUGGAAAUUCUCGAUACGGCUGGAACGGAACAAUUCACGGCUAUGCGAGAUUUGUAUAUGAAAAAUGGACAGGGAUUCGUCUUGGUUUAUUCAAUUACAGCACAAUCGACAUUCAAUGAUUUAAUCGAUUUGCGCGAUCAAAUUCUUCGCGUCAAAGAUGCCGAUGAUGUGCCAAUGAUCCUUGUUGGAAAUAAAUGUGAUUUGGAAGAUGAACGAGUGGUGGGGAAAGAUCAAGGACACUCAUUGGCAAGACAAUUUGGAUCGGCUUUUCUUGAGACUUCGGCUAAAGCGAAGAUCAACGUUAAUGAGGUAUUCUUCGAUCUCGUUCGACAAAUCAAUCGACGAUACCCGGAAACGGGGAAAGGUCAUCACGGAUCGAAGAAAUUCUGUUGUUGCUCAAUUAUAUCAGCUGACGUGGAGUGGCUUGGGCAAAGCGGUCAGAACGACGAUUUCCUCUGCAACUCGGCGCAUUUGCGAAAUCUCCUCAACGAGACAAUCUCCUCUUCGCCAGAAAUCUCGAAAAUGGCGUUGAUGACCCGAUUGCACGCUGAGGGGGAGGAUUCGGCGAUGAUCGUCUGCUCAUCGCAACCUUUCUCCUACGCUUUACCACAACACGCCGAGUAUUGCUCGCACGCGAAUUCCGAUAACAUGUGCUAUGUUUUUGUUUUG